AUGGCUACACCAUCCGCCUCCCCUGAUAUUCCAUCAUCAACUCCAGCACCCCGCAAAUACAAUCUCCGCAACCCUCUCCCUCUUUCUGCCACCCAAGAACAAGAAGUCAAACAGCUUUACUAUAAGCGCGUACGCAGCCACUGCGCGCCCGAAAUUAAGGCAUUCGCCGAGUGUGCCGUCAACCGUACCAUUACUGCAACAUGGAUCUGUCGCCAGCAGCGACUAGCUAUGAACUCAUGUAUGCUUGCCCACGCCAGUGCAGAUGAAGAAGAUCGCGCACGUGAAGAGUGGUUCGCAGGAUUCGAAGAACGACGCCGUCAAAAGGAAGAGGAUCUUGUACGUGUGGAGAAGCGACGAGAAGAGGUCAUUCGCAUGAUGCGUGAAGAUGAAGCUCGGCAAAAACAGCAAGCUCAGGGGAGGUAA